AUGCCAUAUGCUUUGCUUGUCAAUGAUGAUGGACCGCCAUCGAAAUCUUCCCCAUACGUGCUUGGCUUGUAUCAGCAGCUCAUAGCAAAGGGGUGGCGCGUCCGUGUUGUGCUCCCUAGUUCACAAAAAUCUUGGUACGCAGAUUGUGCUCACUAA